UUCCGCAGCAAAUAGUUGUUUUUGUCCAUUGUGGGACACCGUAGUUCCCCCGUUGUUUUGAGCGCGAACCGACGGUUUUGAUUCUAAUGUUUGCAUUCACUUCAAAAAGGAGAAUGGAGCAGAGAAGAGCUCGGUCUCGAACCGAUUCUGAGGAAGACGAAGAUAAAGAACAUUUGGAUACAAGAAGUAGCCUCAGGAAAAAAAAGAGGUUAAACUAUUAUAUAGACAAUGGAGAGGACAAGAGGGAGGAGGAACAUCCGGAAGACGAUGAGCAGCCAUGCACAUCCAAACACAACAAGAGAUCACAGCAAAAUGGAGUCUUGACUGUAUCCUGUGGAAACAAAAAGGGAACCCUCCACGUAGAAAAGCACAACAGCACCGAGGCGUGUAUCGAGAGUGAGGGCCGCUGGUUUUAUCCCCGUGAAUUCGAGAUCUUUGGGGGGAAGACCUCGAGUAAAAAAUGGAGACACAGUAUUCAACAUGAAAAUAAGCCUCUGCAGUGUUUGAUUGAUGAAGGUCACUUAAGCAACAAGUCAUUUAAAAGGAGAGCGAUGAGGGCAGUCACGCUAAAGAAAAUCGUGUCAUCCGAUUGCACAUCAGAGAGCUCGACUGAAGAAUCAGAAAUAGAGUCUGCAAUAGAAACAGAUGAAGACGACGACGAUGACUGGGGUCUUCUCUAUGCUAAAGAUUUGUCAAUGGUGGCAGAAGAGGGAGAAAGUAAUGAGGAAAAUGAAGAAGAGGUUGUGGACACGAGUAAAGAAGAGGAGGGUGAAAUUCAAGAAAGGGAACAAUUUAACAAUCGAACGCCGAUGGAAACUCCGUUGAAGGAAGUAAAAGUUGUCCUGAGAAGAUUUCCAGAGGUCACGACAGAUUGUCUGUCCAUCCGCUUACAUCGUCAGCGAGAAGACUUUUUUUAUGAGCCAUUGGAGGAGGAAACAAAUGGAGAAGAGAGAGCGCACGCCAUUGAUCCCUCACAGACCGCCAAAGAUGACGAGGAAGAGUUGAGAGAGCGGUUUACACAAAGUAAUGAAAGUAAACAAGAUGGACACAGAAAACUUCGAAGUGAAACCUCGGCAGCAAAAAUUAGACCUAAAAACCUGGAUGAAACUAUAGACACUGGAACCACCAGCGUUCAUACUGCCAUCUUCAGUACCCCCCUCUCAGGAGUCACACAAAGAACCGAGAACACCACAGCACACAUUCAGAAAGGUACCCAGAGGGAGCUGGAUGACAACAUCACACCAUCUGGUCAUGAUGCUGCACAAGUGAUGGAGAUAGAAGCAAGGGAUCCUCAAACCUCAAGCAGCACGUCAGUCUCCACUUCCUGGGAUCCGGAGACAACGGACCUUGAGCAGCUGAAGAGAGAGAAAAUCAAAAUGCAACUAAAGGUCUUGAAGUUGCAAGAAGAGUACUACACUCUGAAAAUAAGGGAACAUAAAAAGUGAAGUCGUUUUACUGAAUCUACAGGUUAUCAGUGACAGGGAGUGCCAAAGGACAAAGCAGUCACUCAAGGAUCGAAGCUUAAGCUGUUUGUAGAAUUUUUAAGGGAGUAACAUUUUUUUUAUCCUAUUAGAAACUGAUAGCCAAAGACAAUCUAAUGUUGUCCUAACCUUUCAAUAAAAUGUGUGUGAGGGGUCAUGGCUGCAUUUAAUGACAAAGGUCUUGUUUUAAUAUUUUCUUAAAGCGAAAGCAAAUAUUUCUUCUUCUCAAAACCAGACCUCAUUAUUUUUGGGUGAAUGAAAAUGAUUGUACUUUACCAGCCAUAGGCGUGAUCUGAAAUGUGCAUCAGAAGUUUAUGCAGUUUGAAUUGUGCCAAUACAAUACACAUUUUUUCCAAAAUAAGGUCCCAUGGUGGUAGACCGGAAAGGGAGGGACUUAGGCUCUCUACGGUGUCUAAUACGUUCCUUCAGGUUAUAUAAAGGUGCGUGCUUUUUUUUAAACCUCAAACCGUAACCUAGCUUUUAUUCUGUCUGCACUGUGCGGCUCCUUCAGUGACAGGAUACCACAGGUCCUUCCUUCCUGCAGUGGUCAGACUCAUGGCCCCUGUUAGACACAUGGAUUGGCCCCCACAGAGUCCAGACCCAAACCCGAUUGAGAACAUUUGGGAUGUGCUGGAGAAGACUUUGCGCAGUGGUCCGUAUCUCCCGUCAUCAAAACAAGAUCUUGGCGAAAAAUUAAUGCAAGACGGAAAUAAAUGUUGGGACGUUGCAGAAGCUUGUGGAAACGAUGCCACAGCGAAUGCUUGCCGUAAUCAAAGUUAAAGGCGGUCCAACGAAUAUUAGUGUGACCUUUUUUUGGCCAGGCAGUGUAUAGUGUGGGGCGGUGGUGGCAAAGUCCAUAGGGGCUUGGCCUGGGAACUGGAAGGUCACCAGUUCAAGUCCCCGAAAGACCAAGUGCCACCGUGGUGUCCCUGAGCAAGACACUGGUUACCUACACUGCUCCCCGGGCGCCGUACAUAAUGGCAGCCCACUGCUCCUAACACUAGGAUGGGUCAAAUGCAGCGACCGCAUUUCGUUUCCAUUCCUAGUACUUGUACUCUGUGCAAUGACAAUAAAGUUGAAUCUUCAUCUUCUUCAUAUGACUUAUUUGUAAAACUUGUUUUUUAGCUUUAGGAGAGGAAAUGUAUCUCACAUACUGACAUAAAACUGAAGAUGUGGAACUGAAUGUAUCUGAUCAAA